AAGCAGUCUAACAUCUAUAAAGAUAACAUUAGAUAUAAUACUGCCGGUUACCUCGGCAAGCUUUCUUGGCUGUAGAACAACUAAUUAAAAGUACACAAACCAUUAAGGAUGAUCCGCCUGAAGCAACCAAAAAGGAGUCGACAGAAAACGACUUGAAGCCUAUGUUUGAUAAAGAGACGAUUACGGAAGAUUUGUUAAAUGAUGACGAUGAUGAUGGAUUUAACACCAGUGGUCAUUUUACACGCUCAGGAAAAUACUCAUCAAUGCCUGGGAGAGGAAAACCGAGAAGUUUAAGCAUAUCUUCCCACGCCAGUGUUUCGUCUCGAAAAUCUACCACAUCGCUUAUAUCGGGUUUCAAAAAACUAUUUUGGAAGAAGCCCGAAGAUGAAUUGCAAAAUAAAUAUGAAAACCUUAAAGCAAAAAAGAAGGAUGCGGAUAAAAGAAAUUCAAUAUUAGAACGCGAAAACGCAGCAUUAAGAGUGAAAGUAGAUGAACUUGAUUCGAUCAUACAACUUGUUCAGGUAUAUGAAAGCAAGAUCGAAAAUUUUGAUCCAAGUCAGGUGCAGUUGUUGUAUAAACCACAACAUAUACAGAUUGGCAAUGAGAAUUCUAUGUCGAUUGAAGGUGGCUCUUCCGUUUGGUAUGAAAAGCUAAAUGGUCUGUUGAUUACAUUCUUCAAAAAUCUUCAAGAUAAAAUAGCUGAUUUUGAAGAGGGCCAAAAAAGAUACGAAAAUGUUACACAAGACUUAAAAAUGCUGCAACAAGAAUUAGAUUCUACAAGAAAUGAGCGUCAAAUUGUCUUGGAAGCUGUUACGGAAAUGAAAGAAACUUUAAACGACUUGAACGAUGACAUCAAAGCUAGCCCCUACGACAAAAAGGCACUGAAUAUUUAUUACGCCAUUGGCCUGGCAGAGACGAACACCAUGGAAAAUUGUAUCAACGCUUUAAGAAGCUUAUCACAAGAGAAAAUUGAGCCAACGUCUACGUUUCGAGUCCUCCCUGAAAAGGCAAAGUUAGGCGUAGCAAGAAUUUUGAAGAAAUAUCCCACUCAAUCUGCUCAGGGUUUGCCUGGAAUGACAAACGAGAAGUUCCUGAAAUGUUUAGAAAUGAAAAGCGACACUGAUAGCCUUGCCGAGAUGGAGCUCAGUCUACCCAUUACUCAUGACUCGUGUGCCUUUAUUUUGUUCCGAUGGGUGAUGUCUUCAAGAGAAAAUAAUUCCGAAAAGCUCUGCCGAAUAUUUCCUAGAUUAAAGAACUACGGAACAGUUUGCAGUGAACAGUCUAAUGAAGAAACAAAAGAAGCAGUCGGGGCGGGGUAUAUUUGCCGCUUGGGUUCCAGGAAGUAUUAUGAAUCAAUCGGGAAUGUCUUCGUCAUGGUCAUUGCAAAGCUGGGAUAUGGACAGAAUUCAUGACACGCUUGCAGAUCAAUUGAAGAAUUUGAAGGUUGAAUUGAUGCAGGAAAUUACAAGCCUUAUUCAAAAGAACCAGGAAAGUCCUAA